AUGGGUAAAACACAGCUCGUUGCGGGGCUUCUACUCGCAAUGAUGGCGCUUUCCACAGCGCUUGAAGGUCGAAAAACUAUCCUCGGUUAUCGACUUGGUGGAGCUCGACUGCCAGCACCAGAAUCUAAUAAUAUGUUCAAAGAACGUGUCGGCAGCGUGGGAGAUGCUUAUUUUAAACAGCUCACUUGCCACUUCACCUCACUAAACACCACAUGGGAUCAACACUAUUACUACAACUAUGAAUUCCAACCAAACUAUCAAAAGGCAAGCAACAACGUGGCUUUUUUGAUGCUUGGCGGUGAAGGGCCGGAGAGCUCGACGUGGAGUCGCAACAAAGAUCUUCCUUAUAUGAAAUGGGCUGCUGCAAAUGGAGCCGCCGUUUUCGACAUCGAGCAUCGCUUCUACGGAAAGAGUCAGCCAUUCCCAACCCAAUCCGUGGAGAAUUUGAAAUAUCUUUCAUCUCGACAAGCCAUUGAGGACAUCGCUUACUUUAUUAAAUUCAUCAAUAAACAGAAUGGAUGGACUGGUACAAAAUGGGUGGUGUUCGGAGGAUCGUACUCGGGUGCACUAGCUGCAUGGUUCCGUCAAUUGCAUCCAGAGUUGGCUGCAGGAGCUGUUGGUUCUUCGGGACCUGUUCAAGCGACUGUUGAUUUUUACCAAUAUCUGCAAGUUGUCGAGAAUUCUCUUUCCUACAAUGGCACCGAUAAUGCGAAGGGAUGGAGCUUUGGUUCAGCUGAUUGCUUGGCUGCUGUGAAAACCGCUUAUGCACAAGUGUACACGAUGAUGCAAUCACCAGAUACCCGAGAUCAAUUGAGUGACACUUUCGGACUCUGGCCUCCAUUGAACAACCUAACCCUCAACUACAACGAUAUCCAGAACUUCUAUCAGUUGAUUUUCGGCAAUUUUCAAGACAUCAUACAAUACUCGAAUGAUAGGGGUGGUCGCGAUGAUCCAAUGAGCAUUGGGCCAAUUUGUGCUAUGAUGACUGCUAGCGAUCCAUGGAGUGGCCUCAUCAGUGUCGUCAAAUACCUCAACACUGAUGGACAAGGAAACUUUGGCCUUUCCAACAACUACACAGCCGACAUCGAGAUGUUGAAAGAUGAGUCGUACAAUGAUUUGAAUCUCGCUGCUGCCCGUAGUUGGAUCUGGCAAACUUGUACAGAGUUUGGCUAUUAUCAAUCAACCGAUUAUACCCAGGGAGUCUUUGGUGGCACAUCACCGUUGAGCGUCUCAAUCAACUCCUGUAUCGAUAUCUAUGGCCCACAAUUCACCGCCGAUUACAUUAGUCAAGCGGUGAAAGACACAAAUGCUUACUAUGGAGGAGCUGAUGGAUAUUGGGGUACGAAUGUAGUGCUACCGAACGGAGAUCUCGAUCCAUGGCAUGCGCUUGGUCGUUAUCAAUCCGAUUACUACUCACAGACCACUUAUCUCAUUGAGGGCAGUGCCCAUUGUGGAGAUAUGUACACGCCAGGGCCGGGAGACAGCCGAUACACUGUGAUCCAUGCUCUCAUCGCUCGUCACAUUAGCAACUGGGUGAACGGGCCACCAGAAGUGUCGGAAGCCCUUCUCCCCUCAGCCGUCGAGAGAAAAGCGCAAGAAGUUGCACGAAUAGAGAAGAAAUUCCCGAGCGAGCACAAGCCAUUCACUCCAACAAUCACUCAAUUGGGCAAAAAGUUGCCACUUGAUAACGGCGAAAAGUACUAUCCGGUGAGUCGAAAGGUGCCAAUGUUGAGGAAUCGACCGAGAGUGUUGACACCAGAUUUUAACUUGAUAGACGCUGAUCUUUCCGGGUAUUCAGCAUUCACGUUCACGCAACCAUUGUGUCAUUUCAACAAUAGGAUUCCAGACACUUUCCAGCAGCGAUGGUGGAAGAAUACGAAAUGGGCAAAAGCAGGUGGGCCGAAUUUCUUGAUGAUUGGAGGAGAAGGGCCAGCAAAUCCAGCAAAAUGGGUUCUCAACGAGGAAAUCACCUAUUUGAAGCAAGCUGCUCAAUACGGAGCCACCGUUUACUACAUGGAACAUCGAUGCUAUGGAGAGAGUCACGAUUUAGGCAACUCCACUUAUAAAACCGAUUACGUGAUGUUAUUCUGUAAUUCCUGGCAAUCACUUUGGGAUGUGAAGCUUUUCAUUGAAACCAUCAACUAUCGAGAGGGAAAUACGGCACCGUGGUUCACGUUUGGAGGAUCGUAUUCUGGUAUGCUCUCAUUGUGGGCUCGAAACAAAUUCCCGAAUUUGAUCGCUGGCGCUGUCGGCAGUUCGGCUCCAAUCAACAUCAAACUCGACUUCUACGAGUACUUGACAGUUGUUGACAACUCAAUUCGUAUGUAUGACAACGAUUGCGCCGAGUUGGUGAAGUCUGGUUUCGAUCAAAUGCAACAACUUUCCCUUUCACCUGGUGGAAUCAAAAAUCUCUCCGAUAUUUUUACCCUUAAUCCAGCCUGGGAUGAAACGUCUGUCUUAUUAGAGAUCGAUCGGCAAUUCUUCUUCAGUAAUAUUUAUGGAGCUUUCCAGGGUGCUGUGCAAUACGCUGGAGAUAAUACUGGAUGGUACGCGAACAAUGAGGGAGAUAUUGGAGGCGUUUGUGCUAUAAUGAGAAACAAUUCGGAUGAUCCACUUGGCGGAGUGGCUGCUGUAAACGCAUACAUGUGGCAAUACUAUGCCGGUCCAGAUGAUGUCUUCAGCACCUUCAACAAUUACACUGAGAUGAUCAUCGCGUUGAGAGAUAUCUCGGCUGGAGCUGAUCGCACGUGGACCUAUCAAACUUGCGUCGAGUUUGGCUUCUUCCAAUCGAGUGACUCUGGAUACAAUAUUUUUGGAUCACCGACACCAGUCAACAUGUUCCUCCAAAUGUGUUACGAUAUUUUCGGCGAACAGCGAGACGGUAACGUGAUUGAAGGAAGCGACUACUCAACAAAGCAAAUCCAAUCCGAUAUCAACGAUCACUACAAUUUCUUCACCGCCACAUUUAAUAUUUCAAAUAUUGUGGCUCCAAAUGGAAACGUUGAUCCAUGGCAUGCGUUGGGACUGUUGAAAGCGACAGCCAGCGGGCAAACGAUCAUUUCAAUUAACGCCACCGCUCACUGCGCCGAUAUGUACCCAGAGAGAGACACCGAUCCACAAGGGUUGAAGGAUGCUCGCAUGACGAUCAGCUCACUUUUGGGUCAAUGGAUUUCGCAACUAACCACACCAAGCCAAAACCCCAGCACCGAUACACCGGCGACAGUGUCUGGUCCAACAAUGGGUCCACAAACAGGUCCCACCGUCACCGCUGCAACGAAUCCAACAGGCCCAACAACAAUGGCCACUCUAGGCACAACGACAACUAAAGCAAAUGACUCAACGGACAAGACUGAAGCGCCCACAACACAAGCUGCUUUCACUGCUCUUCCAUCUAUCCUUCUUCUCAUCAUCACCGCUCUCAUCCGA